AUGCAAACCCAAUCGUGUACGGGAAAAAGGAGCGUCGGGCACGCAGUGCUCCAAGUGAUGUGGAUGAAUAUUCAGUCGAGCAGAUUGACUCAUAUUAGAGACAUUAAAGAUCCGGAACACCCUUACACCUUGGAGGAUCUCAAUGUCAUAUCAGAAGAUGCUAUUGAAGUAGAUAAUGAGAGGAGUCACAUAAGGGUCACGUUCACCCCAACUGUACAGCAUUGCAGCAUGGCAACCGUGAUUGGAUUGUGCUUGCAAGUCAAACUUAUGCGCUCUUUGCCAUCUCGGUUUAAGGUGGAUAUUAGAGUUGCACCCGGCACUCAUGCCACCGAAGCUGCAGUUAAUAAACAGCUGCACGAUAAGGAACGAGUGGCUGCAGCGUUAGAAAAUCCUAACCUGGUCAAUAUGGUCGAUGAAUGUCUCGCACCAUCUUACGAAUGA